UGUUUCCGCCAUUAAGAAGAAUCAGCAGCAGCGCAGCGAUGCUUUGAACGGAGCUCUCUAACCACGAGCCUCCCGGCGUGGAUUGAAUGAGUUUCCGACCGAUGAGUUUCAGACUGUCUGACUUCGGUUCCGAUCCAGUUCGGGUCUAGCGGGGAGGCUUCCAUACGAUUUCCUCUGACUUUUCUCUGCUGGUUCCGGGGGGGGGCAAUGACUGAGGUACCGCAGGAUGCUAACUGCUAGCUAAGGCCAGCUACAUCAACUGGACCAGGCCGAUGUGUCGGAACCACCCGGUCCUAGGUUCUUCUCCAGGGUCCAGUUCCUGCAGCGGUUCUGCUGAACCGGUCCUGGUUCACCAGAACUAGUGUGUGACCUCGAGCGCCGCCCACCUGGAAGUGAUGUAACAAAAGGCCGACUGAAGCUCCGCCCCCAGCAGUCUGUUCACAGAGGCGGGGCCGUGACAUAACCGGACCGAAGCGUGUUCUGAUCCGGGCGGGUCGGCGCUCCCUGACUUGUCACCUGACCCACCUUUGUGAUGUGACUCUGUUCCUCAGGUGAGUCUGCGCCUGCAGAGAGGAUCUGGGAGGGGCCGGGUCAGCGGCGAGCACAGUUGGGCUCAGAAAGCGAAGCUCAGCCUGAUUUACAUCUGGCGCUCCAGCGCCUCCUGCUGGCUGGAAGUUUCCUGGGAUAAAAAGCAGCGGAUAGAAGAACUCCUGAUUCUGUCCCUAAAAUAGAACCGACCAGACAGAACCAGAACCCCAGACUAGUUCCAGGAACCUGAACCGUCUCUGACCCAGCAGGAGGAGGACACACCGUCUGGAGUUGAGGCUGAGGUCAGAGGUCACUGACUCUAGAGCAGCAGUCUGACCGCAUGGUGUCAGGAUGCGGCUGCUGGACCUUGCAGCGUCCAGAUCAAACCAGAACCAGGCGACGACGUGGAGAUCCGGUCCUUCCCUCUGCUGAAGAAGCUGAGCGUCAAGCUGACUGACUGCAGGGCGUGGCUGGAGGGGCGGGACUUCCUGUCUCUGGAUGACCACCCUGAGCUGCGGCCGUGGGGCGCCACCAACAGCGGCAGGAGGAUGGCGUACUGCCCCAUGUGUCAGCGGGGCUUCUACAAGCCGGCCCACCUGGAGGCCCACCUGUGGACCCACCGGGGCCAGAACCCCAACCAGUGCUGGGAGUGUGGGAAGACCUACCCGACCCUGAUGAGCCUGGUUCUGCACCAGCAGGUCCACGGCCGCAGCGAGCCCUACCACUGCUCCUACUGCGACCGCACCUUCGCCCUGAAGCGGGACUGGAAGACUCACCACCGGACCCACUCCGGGACCAAGCCCUUCAAGUGCUGGUUCUGUGGGGACGGCUUUGGCCAGCAGAACCAGCUAGACCAGCACCUGGAGGCCCACCAGGGGGAGCGGUCCUACCACUGUGACGUCUGCGACAAGAUGUUCGUCUCCUACCAGGGCUUCAACUUCCACCGCCGGGCGCACAAGACCUCCAAGCGCCUGCCGUGCCUCAAGUGCUCCAAGACUUUCAGCAACCCUCAGAGCCUGAAGGUCCACCAGGCCACCCACUCCAGCAGGAAGCCGCACACCUGCCCCACCUGUGGGAAAGGCUUCAAGCUGCUGGGUGGCCUGCGCAGCCACCAGCGGGUCCACCAGGACCUGAGGGAGUACCGCUGCUCCGAAUGCAGCAAGUGCUUCUCCAGCCUGCAGGGCCUGAAGCUGCACGACCGCACGCACACGGGCCUCAAGCCCUACGGCUGUGCCGAGUGCGGCAAGAGGUUCACACAGGCUCCGCACCUCAAGGCCCACAUGGUCACCCACACCGGCGAGCGGCCCUUCCUCUGCACCACCUGCGGCAAGAGGUUCACCCAGUCGUCCCACCUCAACUCUCACAUCAAGCUGUUCCACCUGGGCGAGAAGCCGUUCAGCUGCGCCGACUGCGGCAAGAGCUUCACCAUCGCUCACUACCUGAAGAUGCACCGGCUCAGCCACACCAAGGAGAAGCUCUACCAGUGCUCCUACUGCGACAAGGCCUUCUCCUACCACAACUCCUGGAGGGCCCACGAGAGGAUUCACACCGGCGAGCGCCCCUUCGGCUGCCGCGACUGCGGCCGGACCUUCAUCACGUCCGGCUCUCUGCUGACCCACCAGCGCGCCGCGCACACCGGCGAAAAGAACCACUACUGCAUCACCUGCGGCGAGUUCUUCUUCACCAGCUCCCUGCUGCGCGUGCACCAGCUGGACCACACCGGCGAGCGCCCGCACGUCUGCAGCUGCGGCAAGACCUUUAAGACCAAAGGAGUCCUGAGGUUCCACCUGAAGAGGUUCACGGACCACCGGCCGGCCCAGUGAGCCGGUUCUGGGCUGAGAGCACAGCUGGUUCUGCUGAGCAGAAUGCCAGGAAGGUCAGCACACUGUAGCAGUCCUCAGCUGGACAAACUGGACCAACCUGAUUAACUGGACUGAACCAGGCAGAAUAAAGAGUCGGAGUGAUUCCUCUUCUGCUCGGAGAUGGUCUUUAUUCCUGGUUCUGGAGAUGUAAAAGGACCGGGUCAGAACCAGGAAUCCAGCCGUUGGACCAGUAUUUGCUGCUAACAUAGUCUCUGAUUAAAAAAUCUUGAAUGUUUGGACCCGGUUCUGUUCUGGGUCCAUGACGUCACUCUGGUUCCGUCUUCCAGAGAGAUGUCCCCACUGACAGCUGGAGGGUCAGAGGUCACAGGUCUGAUCAGCUGAGCCUGAUGUGGUUUAUUUUGGACCUCUGGUUCAGACCAGUAGCAUCAUGUUUGGUUCUGGACCUGCAGGUUGAACCCCCUCCAUCCCUGACCUUCACUGCUGACUUGGACAGAACCGGGUCGGUCAAAGUUGCUUCUUCAUGCUGAAAACAUUCAAAACCAGGAUCAGUUUUCCUGAUUCUGACCCAGUUAAUGAAUCUAUUCCCUGAACAGUUCAGAACCAAAAUAAAACUGCUUUAACCUCCUA